GCAAUUGUUUGGCGCCAAGAUGGCGGUGGAGAUGAGGCUUCCCGUGGCUCGCAAGCCUCUUAGCGAGAGCGUGGGCCGCGAUACUAAAAAACAUCUGGUGGUUCCGGGGGACACAAUCACCACGGACACGGGAUUCAUGCGGGGCCAUGGAACUUAUAUGGGGGAAGAGAAGCUCAUUGCAUCUGUGGCUGGCUCAGUGGAGAGGGUAAACAAGUUGAUCUGUGUGAAAGCUUUGAAAACCAGAUAUAAUGGUGAAGUGGGAGACAUUGUGGUGGGGAGAAUCACAGAGGUUCAACAGAAGAGAUGGAAGGUGGAGACCAACUCUAGGCUGGAUUCAGUCUUGCUUCUGUCAUCCAUGAACCUUCCUGGAGGAGAGCUGAGAAGAAGAUCUGCAGAAGACGAGCUGGCUAUGAGAGGUUUCUUGCAGGAAGGGGAUCUUAUCAGUGCGGAGGUGCAGGCAGUGUUCUCUGACGGAGCUGUGUCUCUGCACACGAGGAGUCUGAAAUACGGCAAACUAGGCCAGGGGGUGUUGGUCCAGGUUUCCCCGUCCCUGGUCAAACGGCAGAAGACUCACUUCCAUGACUUGCCCUGUGGGGCCUCAGUGAUUCUGGGUAACAAUGGCUUCAUCUGGAUCUACCCAACACCUGAGCACAAAGAAGAGGACGCAGGGGGCUUCACUGCAAACCUGGAGCCUGUCUCCCUCGCCGACCGAGAGGUGAUCUCCCGGCUCCGGAACUGCAUCGUCUCGCUGGUCACCCAGAGGAUGAUGCUGUAUGAUACCAGCAUCCUGUACUGCUACGAGGCAUCCCUUCCACACCAGAUCAAAGACCUCUUAAAGCCAGAAAUAAUGGAGGAAGUAGUUAUGGAAACGCGCCAGAGGCUUUUAGAACAGGAGGGGUGAAGAGAGAUAUCUGAAGGAAAGGACGGUGUGCACCUGACCGGAGCAGUUCUUGAAAGUGAAGAAUCUGAUUUGUGGUCCCAUGUGUGCCUCCGUGGGGAACUGUGACACUCAUCACCUGACCUGCGUCGGGCUACCUUUGGCCCAAAGACCUGCUUUCUCCUGUUUUAGGGCAGAACUUGGGGAAGUGCUGCCUGGCCCCUUGGGUUUCCUGCAGAGUCUGGCACUAUGGGUAGUUUCAGGCCUUUAUUAUUUUUAAAAAUUUUUAUUAUUACUAUUAUUUUUCUUUUUUUUCUUUUUUAAGUUUCAAGCCUUUAAAAGCACACAGCAGUUUUUCACCCAAGUGGACUCCCAUUCUGGAAUAAUAUGGAGAAUCUUCUAUUCACCAUCAAUUCACAAGGCACAAUUCCCCCAUGAAAUUGCCCCUGUAAAAAACACAGCCUCCCUGACCCGCAAAUUGUCUAUUUUGGCCUCUAUUCCCACUUCUGUAAUGCAAGUAGGACAUCGAAGACUAUAGCUAGUACCUUUUGUUUUUUUUUUUGAGAGCGUGCUGCUUGUGCGGGGGUGGGAGAGCGGGACUCUUAAGCAGCCUCCACGCCCAGUGCAGAGCCAAUGUAGGGCUCAGUCUCAUGACCCUGAGAUCAUGAUCUGAGCUGAAACCAAGAGCUGGAUGCUUAACCGACUGAACGACCCAGGCGCCUGUAUGGUUAGUAACAUUAACCUGGCAGUCAACUGGAAGAAUAAAGUUAACCAGGCAGCCUUCGCUUGGUUGGAAUCUUAUUUUCCACUGCAUGUUCCUUCUAGUGAUAUAUGAGGCUAGGCUGCUGUAAUCUGUCCUGCCUUUAAGGGUGAUUUGUCAGAAGCUGAAUUAUUGAUAAUAAUGUUCAGGGUGCUCUGAGGAACAUGAAAGCAGUAAAAGAAAUGCAGAGGGGAAAAUAAAAGCUGGUUUCCUCCUGUGAUUGAAGUA